AUGGAGCCUUACAAGGAGAGUGUGAACACAGAACAUAUAAGUAUGGUGAUCGUGGCUCCUGAUAAUCAGGAAAUGGAGCAGUCACUAGGAUAUGACUACGAAGUAUUUUUAAGCUUCAGAGGACCAGAUACCCGUACGGAUAUUACCGAUUACCUUUACACCAGCAUGAUUGAAGCUGGAAUUCGGGCAUAUAAAGACGAUGAAGAACUCCGUGUUGGGGGAGACAUCGGUGAUCAGCUUCUCUAUGCGAUUGAGCAGUCAAAGAUCUCCAUACCAAUCUUUUCUAAAGGUUAUGCCGAUAGUACAUGGUGCCUUAGGGAGUUGGUCAAGAUGGUGGAGAGCAAGAACACGAGGAGACAUAAGAUCAUGCCCAUUUUCUACGAUGUGACACCAUCUGUGGUAAAAUACCAGACAGAGCAUUACGGAAAUGCUAUGGUUUCUCAUGCAAACAAGAAGCGGUUUGAUGAUGAGACUAUCAACAAGUGGAAGGCUGCUCUCAAUGAGGUUGGGGCCCUAAAGGGAUGGGACCUCCAAAGCAUGCGGAACAGAGGCAAAGGUGAAUUUGUAAAAGAAGUUGUCAAUAACGUUUUGACUGAGUUGAAAGCCGCCUACUUGGAAGUAUCUGAUUGCUUAGUCGAAGUAGACAACCACGUGGAUGAAAUCAUGAGGGUGAUAGGUACACACAACGAUGAAACAAAUAUUGUUGGAAUCCACGGAAUUGGUGGCGUGGGAAAGACGACUCUCGCCAAAAUAGUGUACAACAAACUUUGUUGCCAUUUUGUUAAUUGUUGCUUCCUUUCCAACAUCCGAGAAACAGAGAUUACGCAUUUGCAGAAUCAACUUAUAUGUAACAUCCUUAGAAAGAAAUGGCCUGAUGUCAACAAUAUCAUGGAAGGGAAAAAGGUGAUCAAGGAAAGGUUAUGCUCUAAAACAGUUCUUCUUCUACUUGACGAUGUUGACGAAGCAAUUCAACUUGAUGCGCUUGUGCAGAAGCGUGAGUGGUUUGGUAAAGGAAGCAAGAUCAUCAUUACUACUAGAGAUCGGGGAAUUCUCAAUGUGCCUACACUGGUUGAUGAGACUUACGAACUUAUAGGCAUGGAUUUUGAUCAUUCUCUUCAACUUUUUUGCAAACAUGCUUUUAGAAGAGAUUAUCCUGUAGGGCGCUGCAUCUUUCAAUCUGAAAGAGCAGUAAAUAUUUGUGGCGGUCUUCCUUUAGCUCUCGAGGUAAUAGGUUCCCUUUUAUCUGGAAAAAGAGAAGAGGAGUGGGAUUCCAUAUUAAAGGAGCUAGAAAAAUUUCCUCAGGGGGAUGUUCAAAGGAAGUUGAUGAUCAGCAUCGAUGCAUUAAAUGAAGAUCAAAAGAAAAUUUUUCUUGAUGUUGCUUGUUUUUUCAUUGGGUUUGAUAAAAGAAUUGUGAUUCACAUGUGGGAAAGCUGUGAAUUUCUUCCCCAUCAAUCCCUUGGAAUCCUCCAGCAAAGAUCUUUGAUAAAGAUUAGAGAAGAUAACCAAUUGUGGAUGCAUGAUUGGUUAAGAGAUAUUGGAAGAGAUUUUAUACGACAAGGGAGUGGUAAGAAACCAGAAAAGCAGCAAUGGGUGUGGACACAUGAGCAAGCAGCGGAGGUUCUGGAGAAAACGCAGAUAGGAGGUGAUGUUCGUGGAAUUGAUAGUAUUGAAGCAAUAUGUCUCAAGCUUGAUAAAUUUUCUCAAUACUCCCUGAUUAAAGAAUGCCUUGCAAGGCUUUUCAAUCUAAGGUUCCUUCAAGUGGACAGCAAAGACUUCAAGGGAAAUUACCGGUGCUCCAAUUUUGUUCAAACGACAUUUGGCCCACGUAUCCUUCCAGAGUUGAGAUGGCUUUCAUGGAAUUACUUUCCAAUGGUUUUCAAGCUUACCAAUUUCUCCAUGAGGAAGCUAGUAAUCCUUGAUCUCUCAAUGAGUAAAAUCACGGAAAAAUGGAAUGGAUGGAGCCACAUCAAGUUGGCUAAGAAUUUGAAGGUCCUAAAUCUGACUGAAUGCCAGAAAUUGCAUAAAACUCCAAAAUUUUCUUUCCAUGAGAAUUUAGAGCGACUGAUUCUCGAAGGAUGUGAGAAUUUGGUUCAAAUUGAUCCGUCCAUCAGUCACCUCAAGAAGUUAGUCUUCUUAAACUUGAAGUAUUGUCACAGUCUUCGAAAGCUACCAGACGAGAUGGGAGCACUGGAAUCUUUAAGGGAACUUCUUCUUGACGAUACAUCAAUAGAAGAGAUCCCUGAAUGGAGAAGCAUGAAGAAAUUGGAGAUUCUCAGCUUGGACACAUGUACAUCGCUGAAUAGAUUCAGUUUGGUUGGUUGCACAGCAUCAGCAGCAAAGCUCUCAUUAGUCGAUAGCCGUCUUACUCAAUUUCCUAAAUCGAUUGAAAAUUUCAAUUCACUGAUUGAGUUGGAUCUAUCGUGGUCCACAAUUGAGGAGUUACCUGAUUCGAUUGGGAACAUGAAGAAUUUGAAAGUACUCAAGAUGGGCAACAGCUCUGUUAAAAAACUGCCUAGCGCCAUAGGAAUGUUGGAGAAGCUUGAAGAACUAGAGGUAGGAGGUCCAAAUUUUGGGGGAGAAAUUCCUGGUAAUAUUGGGAAGCUACGAUUUCUGAGAACCUUGGUAUUGAAAGGCACCAGAAUUUCGGUACUGCCUCGGCUUCCAGAAAGUCUGAUCACUCUUUACUUUUAUACAUUCUCCAUGGAGACAAUGCCCGACCUCUCAAACCUAUUAAAUUUGACAACUUUGCAGUUGCAAGUUUUUCGUAUGGGUCCUUCAAAACUUGAAGAAUCCCCAAGUCCUUGGUGGAUUGGAAGAUUACGCAUGCUCAAGUUCUUGGAUUUGUAUACUUCUCGUAUCAUCACCCUAUCCUCUGAUCUUACUCUCCUUUCUCAGCUGAAGCAGCUCCAGCUCCAGUGCCGCAAUUUGCAAUGCCUCCCUAGGCUCCCGACAAAUUUGUCAUACUUAGCCAUCAAGUUCUGCAGGAGAAUAAAAACGACGAACGAUCUUUCGAACUUGAAAGCAUUAUCAGCUUUGGAAAUUCUUGAUUGUGAAGAGCUAACAGAGAUUGAAGGCCUUGAAGGUUUGGAGAACCUUAGAACAUUAAAGCUCUCGACACUUCCAUUGUUGGCGAAGUUGCCUGAUCUAACAAACUUGAAGAAGCUCAAGAAAAUUGAUCUAAAUGAUUGUCCUAAGCUGUUAGAGAUUCAAGGGAGUCCAGAAUCGUUGGAGAUACUUGACAUUACAAAUUGUCUUAAACUACAGAAAUUGCCAGAUCGAUCAAGCUUCAAGAAUCUAAAAGUUUGUGCUGUUGGAAUAAAACCUGCCUCUGGAGGAGAUCUGCCUCUUGGAGUUCGCUUGUUGGAGUUUGAAAACUCAAAAGCCAUGCCCGCGGGAAAUUUCGAGUUCAUGAAGUUCGUUACUUGA